UAGAGCUGGUUCUUAGCUCAGCUCAGCCCCAGCCCUGGUGGGUUAGAGUCGAUCCCACCCUGGGGAAGACAGGCGGACGGACAGACAGACAGACUCGCUCACUCACUGCUCUCUCUCUCCCGUUGCUCCUCGCUCAUCUCCUGAUUCGCCAUGAGCUCCAUGGUGGAUGUAAAAACCUUGUACGAGAACCUCCUGAACCUGAAUCUGAGCGAGGGGCGCGAUGCUUCAGCCAGCUCCGAGCCCCUGGGGGGCGGCGGCGACUCCCACGUCUGGCCCCUGCGCACGGUCUGGAGCCCCAGCACGGAGCAGACACGCUCCCUGCCCGAGCCGGCGGCCCCCCGCCCUUCGUUCCGCACCGACCGCUCCCUCAGCCUGAUCGAGGGCCGGGCCCUGCCACCCCCUCCGCCCGGCUUCCCCCCGCUGCAGCCCCCACCAGCCCCCGCCCUUUCGGCCCGCUACAAGACGGAGCUGUGCCGCACCUACAGUGAGACGGGCCGCUGCCGGUACGGGGCCAAGUGCCAGUUCGCCCACGGGGCCGGGGAGCUGCGGAGCCUGAGUCGUCACCCCAAGUACAAGACGGAGCUGUGCCACAAAUUCUACCUCCACGGCGAAUGCCCCUACGGCUCCCGCUGCCACUUCGUCCACUACCCGGAAGAGCGGGGGCUGGCCACCUCUCCACAGCUCCUACGCCAGAGCCUCAGCUACACCGGGGUGCCUGCUGCCCGCCAGGGCUCCCCACCGCCUGGUAUCUCUGACCCAGCCUCUUUCACCCGGGCACCCUCCAUCUCCCCGCCUCCUGUCAGCGACCUCCUCUCACCGCCCUUCGCCCGCCUCAACUCAGAGCCCGUCCCUCGCAUGGCCACCCUGGGGGAAGCCCUGGCCUCUUCCGCCCCCAGUGGGCGCUGCACCUGCCGCUGUGGUGGCAACGCCAGGCUGGGCACCUUCGAGAGCCCCCGGGACUACUACGCUGCCGCCCCGGGCACGCCCGUCGCGUCCGGCCUCCCCAGGACCCCUUCCUCCAACUCGCUUUCCGACCAGGAUUGCUACAGCAGCUCGGGCAGCCUCAGUGGCUCCGAAUCGCCCGUCUUCGAGAUGCUGCCCGCCAGUGGGACCUGGAGUGGCACCCGCCGCCUGCCCAUCUUCAACCGCAUCUCCGUGUCUGAGUACGGGGAGGGCUUGGAAUAGGAACCUGGCCAAGGGAGGGGAUCUAAUGGGGUGGAGAAAGAGGGAGGGUUGCAAUAGAUUUCUUGGAGCAAAGGGUGACCCCCUGGUCCUGCUUCCAAGAGCCCUCCAGACACUGCCCCAUGGCCCCUCCAGCUGCUGGUCCAGAUGUUUGAGGAGGGGCCAGCAGCUCCCCAGCCAGAUGUUGGCAGGAGCUGCUCCUGUCUUGGGGGUGGAAGGGGGUUGGGGUGGCCUCCCCUGGUGUGGGACAUGAGCUCCCCACAGUGGGGGAGGGAAAGGGGGGACAUGCAUCCAGAUGUGCACGAUGCAGAUGCCAGCUGGGGAAGGCAAGCUCCCUGCCUGGCCAGAUGUAGCCAUGCCUUUUUAAGUAACUUGCUCUCGCUACCUGUGCUUGGGACACGACUAGCAGGGGCCGCUGCCCCCUUGGUAUAGGGCUCCUCCACCUGCUCGUCCUAAAGUGCCAGAUGACACCGCUGAAGUGCCUUGCCCAACCCCCACCGUCCGGGAAUGCUCGCCUGCUUCAAGUCAAGGACUGCUGGUCUCCGCGCCUCCCCCAUGUCAGGCUUUCCACUGGACUCACCUACGUUACAGAGGGUGAGGGGAAAAGCCCCGUGGGGCCGGCGUGCAGCCCUGAAAAUGGACUAACUUGGAGCUGUGGGGUAGGGAGGGGGCUGUUUUAUGCCCCAUAUGUAGCAGUGUUUUUGGGGUGGACCACAUCAGGAUAUAGGAGUGUCUGGGUGGGAUAAAUUUGGCUCUAAUGGUGCUGCUCUCCUCCUCUGCCUUUACCCUUAUUUCAUGCUGUGAAUAUUUCAGGAAGGGGUCCCUGAAUUGUGUGGGGAGCUUUUUGUAAGGGGAAGGGUAGAGGGUGAAGGUCCUCCUGCUUAGCCCCCUUUCACAAGGAGCUGGCUCGAUACUGGAGCACAUCCCCAGCAUUAGUAUGCGAGAAUGGAGUAACUCUGUUCACUUCAGUCAGUGGUUUUCAACUUUAUUUUAUUUUUUUUUAAUUUGUGGACCCCUAAAAAAUAUGGCUGGAGGUGUAGAUCCCUUUGGAAUUCUUUGACAUGGUCUGCAGCCCCUAGGGGUUAGUGGCCCACAGGUUAAAAAUGACUGGACUUAAUGGGUGCGAAAUAGCUCUUGCUUUAAGUUGGCGAUAGGGUGUAUUUAUCACCAAAGACGGUAGCGUUACUGCAGUAUUUAUGGCAAUUCUACCAGCUGCAAAAGGAAGGGUGAAACUGAUGGGGGAAGGAAUUAUCCAGAGUAGGGAAGCUCCAGUGUCUUAAAGAGGAAGAUGAGGCAAUCUGAGCCGGCAAUAUCUCUGGGCGGAGCAGGAAGGCAGCACUGAUAUGAUCGGGCAGUUUGCAAGGAAGAUGUAGUGUGUUGUCCCUGACUCCCACCCCCAGAGUCCAAAGAAGGUCAUGGGAAGGAAGGGGUCUUUGUCUGUUUCUCCACACACACACAGUUUGAAAGGGGUGGCUAAACUUUCCGGGGAGUUGGUCUCCAAAGCCAUAGUGUUAAACCGGUCAGCCCUUGCCAUGUAGCAAGAACUCUGUGAAUUGGUGGCGGGCGGGAGAGGCUAAGUGUGCAUUGCCUGCCUCCUUGCCCAAAGCCGAGGUUGUGAAGUGCUCCUCACUCCAGCCCACAGGAUAAAAACUUGCUUUUUCUUGUAAAAAUUCUGCUCCGAUCACAUGACUCCUGAAGCUUGGGCUUUCAGAACCGCACUAAACAUCACAUGACUUUGGCAACACUGGUAGCAAGCUCCGAAUCCUGCUGUGGCAGCGUGUGAUGCCCUCUUUGAAGCUCAGAGGCCUAGUGAGAUCUUUCAUGUUCUGUUUUCUGUACUAACAAUUCCCCUGCUUUUUAACUGUUGCUCUUGGAAGCAGAAAACAAACAAGCUGAUGUUUACCUUUCUAAUGAUAGACCAGAAACCAAAAUUAUUUAUGGAACCUUAUUUAUUCAAGACAGAAUUUUAUAUUAUAUUUAUCUUUUUGUAAUAUUCUGAAUAAUAUAUAUUUUUUCUGUGUUAUUAAGAAGUUAAUUGGAGAAAAACAACCCAGCCAGAUGUAACCGGGAAGCGAUAUGUUUAUAAGUGACAAAUGCUUUUUUAAUCAUCUUUGUGGUGUUUUAUUACUGAAUCUUGAGGAUUUAAAAAAAAAAUGGUGGAAAUAAAACCAAGAAAGCCAUGAGAUUGGA